AUGGAAGUGGAAUGGCCCUCAUCGUUUAAAGCUUCUUUUAUAGAAGAUUGCUCACGGCAAGAAGCUGAGACAAUUCUUCAUGCUUUGCACGAUUGUUCGGUGAUUCGUGAAUUAUGGGCAAUUUAUUCUACUGGUUGCGUGAAUUUUGGUUUCUUGAGAAGCUUGAUAUUCCAUCAAUAUGUGGACAUGAUGUGUAUUUUUACAUAUGAUAUUCCUUAUCCAGUUGAUAUUUUAGUCCGUUGUGAAUUUCCAACAUUUGGGUUCAUUAAGCUUAAUACGGACGGUGCUGCAAGAGGGUCUCCAAGUGCAGCUGCUUGUGGGGGUUUGUUCCGCAACACUUAUGGAUCUUGGCUCGUGGGGUUUUCGUCUCGCAUUGGAAUCUGCAAUGCGCUUACAUCAGAAUUGUUGGGGGGGGGGGGGGGUUGGAAUGGUCUUAAUAUUGCUUGGCAGAGAGGUUGGCAUCGUCUAAUUCUUGAGAGUGAUUCCACUUUGGUGGUCGCUUUGCUCAUCAAAUGUGGUGGUGCAGCUCGUGAGUCUCGCUUACGAGCACUUCUUGAUCGUGACUGA